AUGGAGGGACUGUCAUCCAUUGAAAGUCUUCAGGCGUUAUCCGCUUUGCUGUCUACACCAAACGAGGACGAAGAAGACGACGAUUUUAAGACAGUAGGACCCGUGUCUAAAAUGGGUCCAGGCCACAUUGGAGCGACCUCGGGAAAGGACGGCAGUGAGAGGAGAGAGGUCUCUGCGACCUACGUGAAGAAAAACACCAAGGCCAUUUGGGAUGAUGAUGAGGUGAUGGAGGGAGCGCAGUUUGAUGACCUGAUAGAUCCAAGACCACAACCCAAGUAUGAAAUUAUUCUGAAGCAGAGUAUAGGGACUGAGGAUCUUUUUUUGGGACUGAGCGGGAAAGAUCCCUCCUCCAUGUGCUGUGACAGCAUGCUGGUGAGAGUGAAGCUUCCGGAAACCAAAGCCUCUGAUUUGAUGUUGGACGUACGGGAAAAGUUUCUCGAUCUGAGGACGCCAAAGUUUAAGCUUGGGCUGCACCUGCCUCACCCAGUGCACAGUGAGGAGGGGAGGGCCAGGUUCAUCACAGAGAGAGAGGAACUGGAGAUCACACUCCCCAUGAACCGUCCCCUGGACUUCAUCAAUCUGCACUGA